AUGCACAUCGUGGGUUCGGGUUUCAACCCCAACGGGAUCCCAAUAUUCACGGGUAGCUACCACCCAUCCGAAUUCGAGGGCAUCCUAUCGGUCGUCCAAGUCGACCAGUUGCCCGCCUACGCCUGCCGUCCGGAAACGCCUCGAGCCCUCGCUGCCCAAAGAGCGACUCGACGCAGUCCUGGUAUCUUUUACCCCGUGGUCUUUGCCGACGGGGUUAUAUGGAUCUUCAAGGUUCCCGGCAAGACAAAGAAGGAUUCGAAAGAAGCAAUUCUCGCCCUCGAAAUGCUCAGAUACGAGGCCAACAUUAUGCGCGUGCUGCGGCGCGAAACCAGCAUCCCCGUUCCGGACGUCUACGACUUCAGUGACACCCACGACAACGAGCUCAACUGCCCGUUCAUCCUGAUGGAGUAUAUCUCCGGGGUCCCGCUGAUCGAUGCCUGGUUCGACAAGGAGAUCCCACCCGCGGAGGUCGAGAAACGCCGGACGCGCGCCCUCACCGACCUCGCGGCCGCCAUGGUCCAGCUCGACCGGUACAGGUUCGACCAUGUUGGCGUGGCAGCCUUCGGCGCCGACGGCCGUAUCUCCGGUACCGAUAUGACCGAUGGAAUGGCAUCGAAUGUCCCGAACGACAAGAUAGCCGAGUUUCAUUCUUUGACCGCGCCCAAGUUGCACUCCGCCUGGCGGCGGUGGUACGAGGUGGACAUGCCGCCCGACGGGGACAUGCCGCCCGACGGCCCAGUGCGCGGCGCCGUCGAACUUCUGAAGAUGCUGUUGGACUGGAUCCCCAAACCCGCGGAUGACGCCAAGGGCUCGCCAUCCUCGGCUGGGAAGCGGCGGAGGCCAUCCCGCGCGCCGUCGGCAACGACGCAUACCCCCCCCUGGUUGGUGCCCAAUGGCUUCUGGUGCGACGAGGUACUGGAGGGCGCGCUCGAGUCAGAAGAGACGCUGGGCUUCUAUCGGAAGGUCUAUGCGGACCAGAUCCGGGCCCAUCGGCCAGAGGGGGCGCCGCCGCCGCAGACGCGCAACUCCAUCAUCUACCUAUUGUUGAUGAAUGCGAGGCAGAGCCGAAAACCCUACACGCUUGACCUGGAGGUUAUCAUGCGGUUUAUCCACCGGGCCAUCCGGGAGGAGGUGCUCCCCCGCCUGCGCGACACGUCUGGGGCAAAGGCCGCGGAGGUCGACCUCGGUAUGUUGGAGUUGUCGACCUUGUGUGAGAGAUUGAGCAACGAUGAAACGACGGAGGAGGAAAGGGAGUUGCUGAAGAUGGGGUAUGAGGCACUGCUGAGUGGGGAUGAUAUCAUCUAGGUUUUUGUUUUUGAAUUUUCUUGUCGGUGGACAGGAGAGGGAAGGAUAGAAUCAAUAGAAUGAUUAGAAUGAAUAGAAUGAGGAAUAGAAUAUGGGUGCC